UCAAAGUAAAAAAAUAAACAUAAAAAAAACCAGAAUUUUACCAUGAUUUUCGUGAGCAUGUGAAGGAGAGAAAGAAGAAAAAAAAACGUGUGAGGAAAAAAUAGAAAGGGAGAGAGAGAAAACGCAUGGGAGUAGAGGGGAAGGGGAUGAAGAAUAAAAGAAGUAGAUCUACGGAUUUAGAAGGAAGAGUUGGAAAGAAGAGACAAAUUGUUUAUGAUAACUCAUUGUCUCCUAAUCGAAUCAGGUCAAAAUUGCUUUUAGAUCGCUCUCGUCGGUAUAGAUCUCGUAUGAAAAGUUUGGAGUCGUCCUCUUCAAUGUUCGAAAGUAGAACUCGGCGUUGUCUUCAUAGUGAAUCUUAUUGUUCUUUUUGUAAGGAAUACGAAAACCAUGUAUGUGUAGAUGAGGUAGACCGUGAUGUUCCUAUCCCACCAUGGAGUUUUGUCAUACCUGAUGAAGAUGGUGAUGCAAUGACCAUUAAUAUACCAUCAGAUGUAAACAAAGGGAACCUUCAAAUUCCAGACCAUGUAAAAUGUGUUGGGGUGGCAAAAGUAAAUGCUUUGCUCACAAUGGUUGUUGGUUUGCAAAAUAUUUUGGUUACAAAGAUCCUUGAAUCUAGAGAUAGGUUAAAUGGUUCAAAUAAUAUUAUCCAUCAACUUCGUCGUCGUCUGCAACUAUGUGAAGCAUCUCAAAUAUCUGAAGACCAUAGUCAAGAUAUCAUUGAUAGUAGCAAUGUAAUCAAUAAAUAGGGAGAUGUGGAGUAGUAAUUUGGUUUACUUUUGUAUUUUUAUAUUGUUGAUCGAAAUAAGUUUGUUUAAUUUCCAAUG